GUUAAAAAUGCUGAUUUUUCCUCCUGUGCCAGUUCCCAAGAUUAAAGGGAUUGACCCAGAUCUCUUGAAGAAAGGAAAGCUAGAUGAAGUGAACUCCAUCUUAGCCAGCCAUGACAACUAUAAGACACAGCUCUACAAUGACGAUUUGUGGGUUGAGUUUAUUGAGUUGGACAUAGAAGACCCUGAUGAAAAGAACAGAGUCUCAGAUACUGACAGGCUCCUGAGUGAAGAUCACCUGAAAUCACACAGUUGCCUGGGAGCAAAGGAUGAUGAUUCUGGACGGGCCAGUUGUUGCGAACCAGAUAUUCCAGAGACAGACUUCAGUGCAAGUGAUACCUGUGAUGCCAUCUCCGAUAUUGAUCAGUUCAAAAAGGGAACUGAAAAAGAGGAGGAUCUCUUGGGCCUUGAUAGAAGAGAUAACGAUGAGUCACUUCCAAGCCUUGCCAACACAGACACCCAACAGCCACCUAUGAGCAUUCAGUCCGAGAGCAGCCAGCCGUGGCCACCUUUUGCAACCAGCAUUGACUCAGCUCGUCCAUCGGCCCAUACCCAGCUAAGUAACCAGAAUUCGUUGACAAAUACUGACUUUUAUGCGCAAGUGAGUGAUAUUACGCCAGCAGGCAGUGUUGUACUUUCACCAGGGCAGAAAUCCAAGGUGGGGAGAGCACAGUGCGAAGGCUGCACAGAACAAAACUUCACCGUGGAUAAUGCCUACUUCUGUGAGGCAGAUGUGAAAAAAUGUAUUGCUGUGACUUCCCACGAAGAGGAUGAGCCACAUGUUCAGGAGCAAAGCUGUAACGAGGACAUUUACUUCACCACAGAGAGCCUUACCACUACCGGUGUCAAUCUUGGAGCUUCAGCAGCAGAAACCCCAAGUUCAGAGAUGCCUGUCCCAGACUACACGUCUAUUCAUAUUGUUCACUCUCCGCAAGGCCUUGUGCUCAAUGCAACUGCACUGCCUGUACCAGACAAGGAAUUCAACGUGUCUUGUGGCUACGUGAGCACAGACCAGCUGAACAAAAUCAUGCCGUAGCUCUUCUUUGACCAGAUGUGUGCAGUAUUUCACAGCAGACAGUCAGCUUGGGCUUGUAUGCUGAAACCAAAAUGAAGUCUGAAAGUUUCUCGUGGUUCUUACAAUUUUAUCUGAAAUGUUGCGACAUAAAAGUAGUCACCAAAAUAUUCCUAUUGUGUUCUGUAAAUAUUAUCUAUGACUUUGUCUUGAGACUGUUUUACUAGCAGUGACUGUCUUGUUCUUGUGGGUGUUGAUUUUUGUGAUACUAAGCAUUGAAAUUACUAUGUUUAAUGUACAGUAAAUCAUGUAUUUUGAUAAAGCUAAAAAUCAGGUGGUUUAAAGUCUAAGAAUUUAGAAAAUGUGCUGUUGGCAGAGAUCUUUAUAUCAGUAAUUGGGAACUGAACAUAUAAGUGAAAAAAAACAAAAGUGGCUUAAAUAAAUAACACAUCUAUUUUGAUUUAUAUAAAUUAAUAAAAUAUAUUUUCAUAUUUUAGUC